CACCGUAAGAUUACAAAAAUCGUUAGAUUACAAUCUGACCAGACAAAUUGUAAUCUGUCGAAAUAUUGUGAACUGUGAAAUAUGAUUGCAAUUUAACGCAUUAUUUUUCGCUAUAUUGUAAUCUAUCGAUGGGAAGCGGUCAAAUUGUGAACUGACGUAGAACGGAAUGCAUCUCGCGCGCUGAUUAGUUGAACGUUAUGUGCCUCCAGCCUCCCCGGCAUCCGUCAUAUUUGUUUGUUAUUUAGUUUGUUGUCGAGUGUAAACAACUGUGUUUUCGUAAUUAUAAAUUGAGUUCGUGUUGAAGAUAACUUACAAACAGUUCCAGUGAUAAACCAACGAAUUAGUGUUAGUUUCCGAAUAAUAUGCGAAAGAAUAAUUGCGAAAAAUAACCUAAAUUACAUUAAUUUUUCCGUGUUUUAAUAUUUGUAUGCGUGUGAACUUAAGUGAUCUCAUUAAAUAAUAUUUGCCAUGUCGGAUAUUAAGCUUGGUGAACAAAAUACCUUGGAAAAAUCAGAUAUUGUUAAUCCAAAAGAAUUUACUAUAGAGUUACAAAAAUAUUACAGUGGGCAUAAUGAAAAUAGUAAAAAAUUAGAAUGGACAAAUCAAAGAAUACAAAGUAUAAUAAAUUUGUUAGAUGAGUACAGCAUAAUACAAUCUCAAGGUAAGCGGCCAACAAACAAGCAUUACCAUUAUGCAAGAAAAUACGAUGUUAUGAAUAUUGGCAACCAGAAAAUUUUGAUAGUGAAAAGAAAGAAUAUCUCGGAUCCCGUAGUGCAAAUAAUUUCAACGGAAGAGUACCAUGAAAAGAUAUUUGAGGCACAUAUUGCCACUGGGCAUGGACGUCGAGACAAAAUUGUUCACGCCUUGAAAGAUAAAUAUUUGGUGCCAAUAUUUGCGGUCACAAUAUUUAUAAAUUUGUGUAAAACAUGCCUUUCAAGAAAAAGUUUUCGAAAAAAAGGAAUAAUCGUAAAACCGUUGGUUUCGGACGACUUCAAUCGACGGGGACAAAUAGAUCUUGUGGAUUUCCAAACAUCUCCAGAUCAAGAGUAUAAAUGGUUAUUACAAUAUCAGGACCAUUUAACCAAAUUCUGUUUUUUGCGACCAUUAAAAAGCAAACAAGCAAAAGAAGUGGCUAUAGAGUUGCUUAAAAUUUUUUUGGAAGUUGGCUGUCCUCACAUCCUCCAAAGUGAUAAUGGACGCGAGUUCACAGCAUCUGUGCUGAAAGAAAUAGUCAGUUUGUGGCCUGCUUGUAAAAUGGUUAAUGGAAGGCCAACAUAUCCGCAAAGCCAAGGAAGUAUAGAACGUUCAAAUCAAGACGUAAAAAAUAUGAUUCGAGCAUGGAUGACAGAAAACAAAUCUACUAAUUGGUCUAUUGGGUGCUAUUUCGUUCAGUUCCAAAAAAAUUCAUCCUAUCAUUCCACAAUUGCUCGAACUCCGUACAAAGCCUUGUUUGGCGAGGAUCCAAAACUCGGACUCUCAUCUACCUACAUAUCUAAAAACAUAAUAUCAAAAUUAGAAAAUGAAGAAGAUGUAGAAAAAUUGCUUGAAGAAAUUAAUAACAGCAAAGAACAAAAUUCAGAAAAAGAUCAAGAGGAUGAAGCAGAAAACGUUAAUACAAUAAAUAUCACAAACGUUGACACUCUGAAUAUUGAACAAGAAGAAAGAAAAACAAGUAAUGAAAUAAUAAUAAAAGAAGAAAUUAACAUUGCAAACGAUCCCGAAAUCAUCACCCUCGAAAAAACCACCGCACCUAUCGUACUGCCUUUUGUAUGUGAUAUUGGUGUAAAAAUUGAAGGACCAAAUCAUUUUAUGUGUCACGUAUGCAACAAAGAAUCAUCUGGAGCUCAUACAUGUACAGAUUGCAAAAAAAAAAUUCACGCCAUAUGUGGAGUUGCACCUGUAAAAAUGGAGGGCUAUGGAUCGCAAUUGCUUUGCAAUUUAUGUGUAAAUGAAUGUAAAAUCGUACAAGAAAGAACAGAUUCACACAUAAAUUUAAAAAUAGCAGCAGAUAAAAUGAUAUCUACGUCGUCUAAGAAAUUUAAAGCGAUCAGUACCAGUUCAACUGUAUUAGUUACAGUCCCAAAAGAUGGCGGGCGGGGCACGAAGCAAUGCAAUUGUAAAAAAAUAAAAAAUGGACAAUGCCUUUCUAAUAAGUGCAAUUGCAAAAAAGCCAGUGUUCUUUGCAAUUCCCGGUGCCACAGCUCUUUGACGUGCAACAAUAAGAGAUUUUAUUUUAAUUUAUAA